AUGUCUCCGGAACGCUUCAACCAGCAGCAGCAGCAGCUCCCAGAGUCGCCCCUCUUCGCGUCCAUCCGGUCCUCUGAGAACCACAGGAGCCUGCGGGACAGCGAGGUACACGAUAAGAUCCGCCAGUUCAACAACCUCGCGACUGGCUCCGUCGGACACAUGGCCAUGAGCAAGCAGCUCGAGCGCAAGACGGCCGACGCCGCGCUGCGCCGCGCCAUGCUCGGCCGCGAGGAGGCCGAGACCGAGAUGCGCAGGUAUCGCGAGGAGGCGCGCGCCCUGAGGGCUGCCGUCGAGGAGGGCCGCGAGCGCGAGCGCAAGGUCGGCGAGAGGCUCGAGACCGUCAUGGAAAACUAUGGCCGGGCCAAGGAGACAUUUUCACACACACAAUCUCUCUGGGAAAAGGAGAUCCGACGAGCACGGAAAGAGACGUUCAAGUCGCAAUCCUCAAUAGUGAAGCUCCAGGAGGAGCUCAAGUCCGCACGGGCCGUCACCAAGAGUGCUGAAGAAGCACUCGAGCGGGAAAAGGAGCGCAGCAAGGCCCGCGAGCAAGAGGCCUUCUCGGCCAGAUAUCAGAUCGUCGGAGUCCAGGAGCAGCUCGACAAGGCCCUGGAGCAGAUCAAGGUCGUUGAGCAGGAGCGCGACGCGUUCAAGACUCUGGCCAAGAACGAGGAGGUCGCGCGCAUCGCCGCCGAGGGCCGCCUGCCGCUGCCUGCGCCCGCUGGCGAGGACGACGAGUUUGGUUCACCUAAGCGCAAGGCGGUGCCACGGGUCUCGCUCUCCACAAUGGACAUUGUCUCCUCGGCCGCCAGCGAGGCUGAGAUUGACGACUUGACCCGCCUGUGGCAGUGGGAGAAGAAGCGGGCGGACCGCGCAGUGGAGCAGAUCGAGUUCCUUGAGGCCGAGUGCCAGCUGAAAGUCUGCUCAUGUGCCUCUGCGCGCAAGCGGAGAAGCCUCCCCGGUUCUGUCCGCAAGGAGCGGUCCGGCCCAGUCGCCAUCGUUGACCCUGCGGACCAUAUGAUUCUUGGAAGGAAGAAGACUCCAUCGACACAGUCGCCCAGCCCUGCCAGACAUGCUGAAGUCCCGAGCAUCGCCACGACGGAAGCGCCCACGUCUCCUGUUGCCGACAAGCAGCCGAGCCCUGUACAGCAGAAGCUGCCCAAGGAGCCAAGGCGUAGCACGAUCUUUGUGCCUGCUGAGGGCAUCUUCCGCACGCUUUCACAGCAGGACCUCACAGCUCUGAACGAUGAUUCUGAGCAGAAGCAGGAGAUCCCGUCGGAGGAAGUUCAGGAGAGUCCACACUCCGUGCCAGCUUCCCCCGCGCCUACAACAGAAGCUGAGGACGAAGAAAUGUCUCGGGCUUACGCUCGGACACCAUCAGUAGAACCGCCCUCGUUCGCGAUGAUGGUCAAGGAGCGAACCUCGCUGUUGUCUCUGCUCAAUGCCCCGCGAGAGAGCGAAGCUCACUGUGAGCCUAUGACUAUCAACAUCCCCACGACCUCGGGCGAUGCGCCAAUGACCGACGCGGAGGCUGAGGAGCUCUCUGAUGCCGAGACUGUCUCGCCAGACUCGCCAGUCAAGGUCAAGGAGGAGGAGGAAGUCAUCGACGAGACAGCCGACCUCGAAGAGCGCCCUCACACAUCUGCGGCUUUCUACACUGUCACAACCACGACAACUGUGGCCGUGCGACAGGACAACGAGGAGAGCGCCGGUCCACGGAAAGUGUUCAGCUUUGCGCGUGCAGAGCCGUCCUUCGAUGUCAACAACCCGGCUCUCACGCCUACCAUGACUCGCGAGGAGGCGCUAGCUCAGAUCAAGGCCCGCCGGGGCCGGGCCAGGAGCGCGAUGCAGGGUGCCAUGACACCUCGCAAACAGAUGAUUACUGGGCUGGGAGAGAGGCGGGACAUCAGCGCGCCUGCUGGGCGUGUGACCAAGGCCAGAACUUGA